GCAGAGCUCACUCAAAAGAGUAUCUGACUGUAUAUGUAACCACUCCUUCUUCUUCAGUUCUCUCUCUCUCUCUCUCUCCCUCUCUCGGUUUCUCUAUUAAGCUUUGUUCUUUCCUUGAUUUUGGAACAGUUUAUUAUCUCGUGGACUAGUCUGUGUUUUGACAUUAUAAAGCUGCAAGAGUAAUACUGCACAACUGUCCCUGUCCCUCCAGCAGCAACCAUGAUCACCGGCAAGGACAUCUACGAUGUGCUAGCAGCAAUUGUACCACUCUAUGUUGCUAUGAUCCUCGCCUAUGGUUCAGUUCGGUGGUGGAAGAUCUUCACCCCCGAUCAGUGCUCCGGCAUCAAUCGCUUUGUGGCAGUCUUCGCCGUCCCCCUCCUUUCCUUCCAUUUCAUCUCCAGUAACAAUCCUUAUGCCAUGAACUACCGCUUCAUCGCUGCCGACUCUCUGCAAAAGAUUGUCAUCCUCUCUGCUCUAUUCCUCUGGCAGGCCUUCAGCGAGAAUGGUAGCCUGGAAUGGAUGAUCACCCUCUUCUCCCUUUCCACUCUCCCCAACACUCUUGUCAUGGGCAUUCCCCUCCUUAAGGCCAUGUAUGGAGAGUUCUCUGGGAGUCUCAUGGUGCAAAUUGUGGUGUUGCAGAGUGUGAUCUGGUACACUCUUAUGCUCUUCAUGUUUGAAUACAGAGGUGCAAAGCUCCUCAUCGGAGAGCAGUUCCCAGAGACUGCUGGCUCCAUCACUUCCUUCAGGGUUGACUCUGACGUCGCUUCACUGAAUGGUCGGGAGCCAUUGCAGGCCGACGCUGAGAUUGGAGACGACGGGAAGCUCCAUGUGGUCGUCAGGAGAUCAACCACAACGUCGGUGACAUCUUCUUACAACAAAUCACAUGGGCUAAAUUCAAUUUCGAUGACCCCAAGAGCGUCCAACCUCACUGGUAUGGAGAUCUACUCGGUCCAGUCGUCCCGAGAGCCAACGCCAAGGGCUUCAAGCUUCAACCAGACUGACUUCUACGCCAUGUUUGCAAGUAAGAUGCCAAGUCCAAAGCACGGCCACAGUCACACAAACAGUUGUCAAGGUGGCUCUGGGGAUGUUUAUUCCCUGCAGUCCUCGAGAGGGGCAACGCCGAGGACUUCGAAUUUUGAAGAGGAGAUGAUGAGGUUUGGGAAGAGGAAAGGAGGGAGGAGCAUGAGUGGCGAGCUCUUCAAUGGAGUACUGUCUUCUUCUUACCCACCUCCGAACCCAAUGUUAUCAGGGGCAACCAGUGGCGCCAAGAAGAAGGAAGCUGGAGGCAGUGCGCCUAAUAAUAAGGAACUCCAUAUGUUUGUUUGGAGCUCAAGUGCAUCUCCUGUCUCAGAAGGAAAUCUCAGAAAUGCCGUUAAUAAUAGAGUUGCUUCUACAGAUUUUGGAGUGCUUGAUUCUUCAAAGGCUGUUCUUCAACAAGAAAUAGCUGCUUCAAGAGGUAUGCAUGAUUUCAAUGAAAAUGAUAGCCCACUUACAAAAAUGGGGGGAGAUAGAGAGUUUGACAUAGAAGAUGGUCCCAAGAAUCAGGCCUCUGGAUCACCCCAUUUGACAGAGAAGAAGGUUGAAUUGGGAGGAGAGGGUGAAAAGAAACACCAGAUGCCCCCUGCAAGUGUUAUGACCAGGCUCAUUCUUAUCAUGGUUUGGAGGAAGCUUAUAAGGAAUCCAAACACUUACUCAAGUCUCUUUGGGCUAGCGUGGUCCCUCAUAUCUUUCAGAUGGAACAUUCAAAUGCCUUCAAUCGUGAGUGGGUCGAUAGCCAUAUUAUCUAAUGCUGGUCUGGGGAUGGCUAUGUUUAGUCUAGGCUUGUUCAUGGCUCUGCAACCAAAAAUCAUAGCUUGUGGCAAAACUGUAGCCACAUUUUCCAUGGCCGUUAGGUUUUUGACAGGACCAGCAGUAAUGGCAGCGACUUCAAUCACUAUUGGUGUUAAGGGAGUUCUGUUGCAUGUUGCAAUUGUUCAGGCCGCUCUUCCCCAAGGGAUUGUCCCCUUUGUGUUUGCAAAAGAAUAUAAUGUUCAUCCAGAUAUACUGAGCACUGCGGUCAUUUUUGGAAUGUUGAUUGCACUACCCAUAACAAUACUCUACUACGUUCUUCUCGGACUCUAAGGGAAGUUUUGGGAAGAGAAGACAGAGGAGGAGGAGAAAAACGUUGAACCAUAUACUAAUGUAUAAGCAAGACAAGCUGAAGUGCAUAGAAGAAAAAAAUGGUCUAAAAUACACCAUUGGAUUGAUGGAUUCAGUGUAACCAACUUUGGUCUUUUGUUCUCCUGUUCAUGUGACCGUUGGGUUUUGAAGAUGCCAACAGCUUCUAAUUUUUUUAAUAAAUACUUACCUUCUGUUUUAACUUUUGAACAUCCUUCUCAACUAGUUAGGUAGAGAGUGAAGAAACCAAACUGUGGAAAGAAAGAGAAUAUAAUGUUAAAAAAAAGAAUCAAUGUGGGUGUAUUUGGGUUCUUCUUACACCAAAUGAAUAUAGUCUUCUGCUUA